AUGUUGGCUGUUGCUUUGCUGCUUGUGAUGUUGUCUCCAGUGAGGGGUUCCAGGCUUUGCACACACCAUUGCCAGUGCUUCGAGCACUCUGACCUUGUGGACUGCCGUGCAAGGGGUUUUGUGAGUGUGCCGCAUGGCCUCCCCCAUGGAACCUGGCUCCUGGACCUGGGAGGAAACACACUUACGGAAAUUCGGAGCCGUGCUUUUGCGGGUCUGUGGUCUUUGCGCAUCCUGGUGCUGUCUGAGAGUGGGAUCAAACGGAUAGAUACACAGGCUUUCUUCUCUCUCACCUUCCUGGAGAAGCUGGACAUGAGCCGUAACGAGAUAAGCCAGCUCCCGCCUGAUUUCUCAGAGAGCCUGGCCUCUGUGCGGGAGCUGCGGCUGGACCACAACACCCUGGAGGUACUAAGGCCACCCUGCCUGGAGAGCCUGGAGAGCCUGGAGAAGUUGGACCUCAGCUACAACCGAAUCGAGGCUCUGGAGCAUGGCUCUUUUCGCGGUCUGUCCCGCCUUCGACACCUCUACCUGCAGGGCAACCACAUCCGGGCCUUGCACGAGAGAUCGUUACCUAUGCUCCCAGGCUUGGAAGUGUUGCUGCUGGGCCACAAUAACAUCACACGCGUUGAAGGUAAUGCGCUGGCUUCACUACACAGCCUUUCGCUCCUGGGUCUGGAGGGGAACCAGCUGCGGCGACUUAAGUUCAAGACCUUCCUCGGCCUGCACACAAGUGGAACCCACCUGCAGCUAGCUGGCAACCCCUGGAGCUGCGAUUGUGACCUGCAUCGUGUCUUCAGCAAACUGCUGAGCGUUAGGCACCUGCACGUGGACGACUACCGUAACGUGACUUGCCACGAGCCCAAGCAGCUGGCCGGGGCCUCUCUUGCAUGGGUGGACAGCCAGCUGUGCAUUGCUGAGACCGUCACCGUGUUGGUCAUCACCAUCACUGUGCUUGUGACCGUCUUCUCCGCGCUGAUAAUGGCCGAACGCAAUCGAAAGAAGAAAAAGGCAAAGGGCUGGGCUCAGUGUGAGGCAGAGGAUCAGGAAAAAUAA